AUGCUGCUAACGUGCAUCGCCCAGGGCGCCAUGAUUGCUACUGGCUCCGGAUACAUGUCGGCCGUCAUUCCCAUAUGCGUUGCAGUUCUGUACGCCAUCCAAUUCUUCUAUCUGCGUACGUCUCGCCAAAUUCGACUUCUUGGUCUUGAGUCCAAGGCUCCCCUGUAUGACCACUCUUUGCAGACCAUCGAUGGAGGCGCCACCAUUCGCGCCUCUCAGUGGCAAGACAGGUUCACCGAAACCGGCGAUGAGCUUCUGGACCUGUCCCAAAAGCCAUUUUACGCACUCUACAGUGUGCAGCAAUGGCUACAGGUCGUUCUGGACCUCCUGGUUGCAAGGCUAGCGAUCCUGCUCACAGGUCUAGUUCUUUUUGUCACAAACAAGAGUACAUCUGGCUCAGUUGGCGUUGCGCUCGUUAACCUCCUGUCAUUCAACACGUCGCUGACACAACUUAUUACUAACUGGAUGCAAUUAGAAACGUCGCUCGGAGCAAUCUCGCGAAUCAAAGACUUUGUCAGCAACCCGGAUUAUAAAGCGUCAAAGGCCCCAGAAGGCGGGGCGCAUGGCCAGGAACUGUUGGUCCAGACGGUUGAGUUUCGAAACGUCUCUGCGUCCUACGGAAAGGGAGAGGAGCUUGUGCUGAGCAAUAUCUCCCUAAGUCUCAAAGGCGGUCACUCGAUCCUAUUUUUCACGCAGAAGCGAUGGGACGAACACGUGGUUGCGCUGGAGCAGGAACGCCUAGGAAACGGCAUCGCGACGUGGGAUGCCGAGCAGUACCUGCCUCAAGGUACGUGCGGCGCCGUCGCCAUGGAUGAGCACGGUGUUAUAUGCGCUGCGAUUAGCACAGGGGGCUUGACCAACAAAAUCUCUGGCAGGGUUGGAGACACGCCGUUGCCCGGGGCAGGGUUCUGGGCGGAGGAGUGGACUGAGGCAAGGGAUCCGACAUCGUCUUACCACCGCCGCCACCUAUUAGACGAUGAGACGGAGUACCCCAAGACUGUCCGUCGCUCUAUUGAUCUGUCUAGCACGGUAACGGGAGAUUCGUUCCUACGUAUUGCUGCAGCGCGCACCGUCGCCGGCAUGGCUCAGUGGAUGCCGGUACCAGGCGCAGUCGCCGUGGCAAAGGUCGCGGGACCCGAUGGCGCGCUUCAGCAGAGCGCUGAGGGGAGAUGGGGCACGACUGGCGAAGACGCAGACGGUAACGUCGCGGAGAGGAGAUCGGAGAUCUUAAUGGACUGCAACUGUGCUGGCAUGUAUCGCGCUUGGACUGACGACAACGGCAAGCCUACUAUGAGCAUCUGGACCAACGGAGAGCGAGACCGUGAGCGAAAAGCGCUACACCUCCUCUAA